AGUGAGGAAGAAGAGAGAGAGGAAGGGAGUAUGAGUGCGUCUGGGUAGAGGGUGAGAGGACACAACGAGAUGGAUGCUGAGCGACGUACGUGAGGCUGCCUGAAGACACACGAGACUCCAACUGGGCUAUCAGGGAUGGACGCGGUCGCCACAGGCAACAACGAAACCGCAACCUCCCCGGCGGAAAACGGAACCUUCCUCCACCUCUCCCCGACGUCCCAUUCCACGUGGGCCGCCGCCUCGUCGGCGGGCCGGGGCGGGAGCGUGUACGUUUACGUUUGGCUCUUCCUCGGCCUCCUGCUGCUGCUGCUCAGCCUGCUGGUCAUCGCCCUCCACCGGCUGAAGAACAUCAUCUCCUCCUCGUCCUCAUGCUCCUCUUCCUCACUGCCAGAGUGUGGCAGUGAAGGUCGCAGCUCCUUCACCAACAUGGAGGUCUGCAGUAUCUCCUCGCGGGGACAGAGCGUCUCCUCCCUGUGUACCUGAGGCUCUCGCUCACACACACUCACACACAGCAAAAAGUCAUGUGUCGCACUCAUGAGGACAUCCUGUGGGGGACGAUUCCUAUCAUCUGUCAUCUUCUUCUUGUCAAGAAAAUGUUUAUUGUCAUGUCUGUAGAUUUCACUCCAAAUAUCUCAACGUAAUUAAAGCAUAUCUGGACUAAAGAAGUGGAGAAAAUAGGAGUGUCUGCGUCAGGAACAGCAUCCACUUGUAUGGGAAGACGUUCCACAAGACUUCUGUGAGGUUCUGUGAGGUUGGAGCUCAGAGAUGUGUCCCAUUGUUUUUAGGUUUCCUUUCCAAAUAUGGUCGUCUUUGUUUCCGUGACGUAACAUCUAACAUCCGUCAUGCUGGGAGAGCUGUCAGCGUUCUUGACGUCACCUCCUUUUGUUCUCAGAAUAAUCCGCUCACUUCUGGAGAACAAUCACAUGAUUGGCACACAGACUCAUAGUCGGUAUUUAUCCUAAAAUACCAUCUUGUUCACAUACGGCUGGAACAUUUGGACCUUUUUCCAUACAAAGAAAGAGUGAAAUGUAUUUCACUCUUAAAGCAGUCCAAUGUACAGUAGGUCAAUGUAUGCAAAAUUAGUCAAUUCAUACUAUAUGCCAAGGGACAACAAAAUACGUAUUCAAUUCCGAGCAAGCAGCAUACCAUGCGUUGUUGUGACUGUUCCUUCCUACCAGCAAACAGCCUAACAUCUUCUUACACUUUCAUUUAUUUUCUACCACUUAUCGUCCACAAGGGUUGCAGGGGGUGCUGGAGCCUAUCCCAGAUGUCUUCGGAUGAGAUCACAGAUCACAAUCACAGGGCACAUAUAGACAAACAACCAUUCACACUCACAUUCAUACCUAUGGACAAUUUGGAGUGGCCAAUUAACCUAGCAUGUUUUUGGAAUGUGGGAGGAAACCGGAGUACCCGGAGAAAACCCACACAUGCACGGGGAGAACGUGCAAACUCCACACCGAGAUGCCCGAGGGUGGAAUCGAAUUCGGGUGUCCCUGCUGUGAGGCCUGUACGCUAACCACUCCCCCGCCGUGCAGCCAUCUUCUUACACUUCCCUUGUCUAAGUUGGCACACUUAGGGUCAAAAUCGAUCCAUACACUGGCAAAAAGCCUACAGCAUAUCAUGCAGUGUUGUGACUAAUAUGGCCCAUCACCUUUUUUGGCACUUUGGAGCCAUAAGCAUAACAUGCACUGUUGUGGCUUUUCCUUCCUACUACAGCAAACAGCCCAUCGUCCUUUUACUUUUUUGCUCGUUUUGUUGGCACAUUUUGGGGUCAAAAUCUAUCCCGACAACGAAUCCAAAUGUUUUCAUCUCCAGCAACACGCAUACCAUGCACUGUUGUGACUAAUCUCCCACACCACCCGUAGUACACUUGAUGUAAUUUGAUGUAUUGUAUUUAUAGAACAUCAAUAAAAAAACAACACAGGUCCAGGUUUGUUAGUAUUAAGCGCCCCCUACUGGCCAAGUAAAGGUGACGCCAACAAAAGCCAAGUCUUGAAAUUCUUUGCAUAAUUUAUUUUUCUUAUCAUGAUUUUU